GGUGAAGCGGCCGCGAGCUCGCGAUGUUUCCAUGGUGGCCGGAAAAGUUAGAGACGCUCUGUGAUAGGGCGCGUAACGUCACAUGACGCGGAGGCUGGGGAGCGCGGAGCAGCGCUGGAGGCGCUGCGGGGAGAUAUCGCGUGAAUUGGCUUCCAGACGUGGGUGCGCGGGGUGUAGCUCUGUCGGAGCUGCGCAGGCUGCUGGGAGCAAGGUUGCCCCUGGAGCUAUCCGAGGCGGUGUCGGUUGGCAUCUCUUUGUUGCUAAGACACUGGACACCGUUUCUUUCAGCAAAGAAAAUCUGAAUUCGUCCAGCACUCAGGAUGGGGAAAGAUUAUUAUUCUAUCCUGGGAAUUGAAAAAGGGGCUUCUGAAGAGGAUAUAAAAAAGGCUUACAGAAAACAAGCACUGAAAUGGCAUCCAGAUAAGAACAAAUCUCCCCAUGCAGAGGAAAAAUUCAAAGAGAUUGCAGAAGCUUACGAAGUGCUGAGCGAUCCCAAGAAGAGAGACAUUUAUGAUCAGUUUGGAGAGGAAGGCCUGAAAGGAGGAGCUGGAGGACCUGACGGACAGGGUGGUACUUUCCGGUACUCCUUCCAUGGUGACCCACAUGCUACAUUUGCAGCUUUCUUUGGCGGCACAAAUCCUUUUGAGAUCUUCUUUGGAAGGAGGAUGCCUGGUGGCAGAGACACUGAAGACAUGGAGGUGGAUGGUGAUCCAUUUGGAUCAUUCACUAGUUUUAGUAUGAAUGGCUUUCCAAGGGAAAGGAAUACAGUUGGUAGCCAGUUGCGUCGUAAACAAGAUCCUCCUGUAAUCCAUGAACUUAAAGUGUCAUUGGAAGAGAUCUAUCAUGGCUGCACAAAGAGGAUGAGGAUUUCACGUAAAAGGCUUAACCCAGAUGGCAGGAGUGUCCGAACAGAGGACAAAAUUCUUACUAUUGAGAUAAAAAGAGGAUGGAAGGAAGGCACCAAAAUCACUUUUCCAAAAGAAGGCGAUGAAACUCCCAACACAAUUCCAGCUGAUAUUGUUUUUAUCAUCAAAGAUAAACCUCACUCUCACUUCAAGAGAGAUGGAUCAAAUAUUAUCUAUCCUGUUAAAAUCAGCUUAAGAGAGGCUUUGUGUGGCAGCUCUAUCAAUGUGCCAACGAUAGAAGGAAGAACCAUACCCAUGACAGUAAAUGAAGUUGUAAAGCCUGGGAUGAGAAGAAGAAUUAUAGGAUAUGGUUUGCCAUUUCCCAAAAAUCCUGACCAACGUGGAGACUUAAUUAUAGAAUUUGAAGUAAUUUUCCCAGAUAACAUUUCUCCAGCAUCAAAAGAAGUGCUUAGGCGAAAUCUUCCAGUUUCAUAAAAUAAAGACUCCGUAUGUCAACAGUUUAAAUAGGACACUGGAAAUGCAGAAGACUGGCAAGUCUGUGCUUUAAAAGUGCAAUCUCUAACAACUAGUGGAAUAUUUGUGAUUGUUUUUUGUUUGUUUGUUCUGUGGGAUAGGGGAGGGGAAACACUAUAAUGCUGCAUGAGAAGAAAAGGGUUAAGUACAAGUCAUACAGGUGACUUCUGCAGUACAAUGUACAGGGAAAACCACUUGUUUUAUUUUACAUCUUGCCAAUCACAAAAGUUUAUUCAUUAUUUUGCCUAAUGUAGAAUGUAGUCAGUUUUUACUUUGUCGACACAUUUCAGGUUGGAUGAGGCAUUGAGCAUCUGAGUUUAAUUGAGAGGCAUCCCUGCCCAUUGUGGGGAGGUUGUAGUAGAUGAUCUCUAAGGUCCCUGCCAACCUAAGCCAUUUUAUGAUUCUGAUACAUACUUGAGCUUCCAAGUACUUUAUUUCUUGUAUCCCUACCCUAUCUAUAAUGUUACUGUAUAUAGAGAAAUUUGAGAUCAUAAUAGAAAUACACGUGUAUAAAUAUUUUAAAGAGCAAAACAUGAAAGAUACCAUUUCAGUAUAUUGCUUUUCACUGCACAAAGCAUAGGCUGGGAAAAUCUGGGCUCCUUAAGCAGCCAGUAGCUGAAUGAAAGCAUUUUCUUCAUUGCCCCAGAAUGUGUGAUGACUGCAUUGUGAGUCUAGCAAAAGAGCAUGUGGCUUGAGGAGUGAGAGUGGCCGUUUGCUAUGGGAUAGCUUCAUGCAGAACAUCAAAAAAAGGAUCCUAGAAGUGCAUAAACAGCAAAUGCUAACCCUGCUGUCAAAUAGGGCAGGGACACUAGUGACAAAUGGCAUGGAGAAGGCUGAGGUGUUCAGUGCCUUCUUUGCAUCAGUCUCUACCAGAAGAGCAAAUCUUCAAGGAAUUCUAGGGUCCUGAAAGCAGAAACUCUCCAGACUUUCAGACACUUCAGGUUAAGGCAUACUUUAAGCCCAUGAGCCUGACAGGUUGUACUCUUUAGUGUUUAGGGAGUUGGCUAAUGCCAUUGCAAGGCCAAGCUUAAUUGCUUUGAAUGGUCUUAGAGACUGGGGUGUGUUCUGGUACACUGCAAAAAAGGUAAACAUCACUCCUAUCUUCAAGAAAAACAAGAAUGAAGAUUUUGGGAGCCACAGCCCAGUCAGUUUCACCUCAGUUCUUGGGAAAGCAAUGGAGAAAAUCCUCCUCUAAAGCAUUUCCAAACACAAAAUACAAAGAAGUGAUCAAGAGUAGUCAGUAUAGGUUUACGAAGGGGAAAGUGUGCUUGGUCAAUUGAUUGCCUUGUAAAGUGAGGUGACUAGCUUUGUGGGCGAUAGAAGAACAGCCCACAUUGUUUACCUUGACUUCAACAGACAGACUAAUAAAGUACAGGUUAGAUAAGUGGAAAGUGAGAUGGAUUAAGAACUGACCAAAGCAGGCAGAAGGGGGCUGUAGUCAGUGGCACAAGGCCCAGUUGGGGGCAAGUCAGUAGUGAUGUGCACUGACUCAAUACUGGGGCAAAUACCAUUAAAUGUCUUCAUUGAUGACCUGGAUUCUAGAUGGAGUACCUCCUCAAGCAAGUGUGUAAAUUGUGUGAAAGUGGGAAAGGUGUCUGGUAACACCAGAUGAUGUACCACCUUUCAAAGGGAGCUCAAUGAGAUGGAGAACUGGACAGAUGAUGACUCUCACUGUUCAGCAAGGGAGAAUGUGAAGUCUCGUUCCCUGAGGAAUAAUCCAAGGUAAUAGUAUGCCCUUUGAGCUGACUGGCAGGAAAGCGGCUUUGCUGAGACCUUGGGGUCCCUAGUGGACAACAACCUUAAGCGAGCCAGCAAUGCACCCUUGUGGCAACAAAGGCCGAAGCCUUGCUAGCAGACUGAGGGAGACAGUCCUUCCUCUCUACUCACUGCUGAGGAUGUAUCUGGAGUACUCUGUCCAGUUUUGUGCUCUCUAGUGCAAGAAAAAUAGAAACCUAGUGGAGAGGAUCAAGCACAGGGCCAUGUGUGAGGGGCUCGGAGGACUAAGAUUUCAGUUAUGGGGAUCUUCCCACUGCAUAUAAAUACCAGAUGAGAAGGAAUGGGAAUGCAGGAGCCAGGUUCUUCUCAGUAGCUCUCAAUAACAGGAUACAAGUUUAAAAAGUGGGGCACUCCCCUUGAACACUAAGAAACAACUUUUUUGUUCCGAAGAGUAGUCAGAUGCUGGAAUAGGUUGCCCAGAGAGACCGACCAUACUUGGAGAGACUCAAAGACUGACUGGACAUGCUUCUGGGCAGUCUGCUCUAGCUAGCGACACUUGAGCAAGCAUGUUGGACUAUGUGAACCCAAGAGAUUUCUCCCAGCUUAAAUGAGUCUGUCAGCUUGGACUUAGCCCUUUUCUCUAAACAGUUCUAUGGGUUGUGUUCUGCAAAUGAGGCAUAGCCCAAAAGAUGGGUGGUACUGAUGUGACAGAGUGAAAUAAUGCACAAAGAACAAUCUAAAAGCAUUUGGCUUGUGCAUGUUUUUAAAGAUCGUGUUGAUGUCAAGAAUUCAUUAUUUUUGAAAUCUGAACUUUUAUGAAGAAGGAAGAGCACAGGUCCCAGCUAAAGGAGAGUUUGCUUAAGACACAAAGUGGAAUAGGGGUUGCCCAUAACUUUCUUGUGCUUGAAUUGAGUCUUUUUUGAAUACACAUAUGAAUUACUUGUCUUUAGCUUAAAAGGUGCAUAGGGAAAUGAGGACCCCCCUGUAACAGUCUAGUUUUGUAAUACAGUGAUAGGGCUGGUUCCCUUGGUUGCUGAUUGAUUUUGGUGAAAGAAACGCUGGCAUGCUUUAUUGCUUGAGUUUAAAACCACAAUGCAGUGCUUUGACAACACUUCUAAAGGUUGUUUGUUUGUUUUCUUCAUAAGAAAAUAUGCAAGAUUUGCUGUAAGCCUUCUGCCUGUGGAAAUUUAGUAGUUACCUGCUCUGUUGGGUAGCUUAAGAAAUAGCAGUGUUAUCUUCAUAGAUGUGAUUUUCUUCAAGAAAGUAAACCAUACAAAGUUGGGGUUUUAAGUUACAAUAACUUCUUAAUGAGCACAAGAAGAAUCCCAUUUCUGCUACUUAAAGAAAUAGAACUUCUGGGAUACACUGUUCAUUUCACACAAUACCAGUUAGUUGUCCUAAAUUGACAAGAAGCUAAACAGUUGCUGGAGCAGUAUCACAAGGGAAGAAAUUUGCUUCUUAGUGCUUACACAUAUUAUUAACACUAUAUAUUGUUCAAAAAAAUCCCAUUUCAGUAUGUUCUGUAUUGCAUUUCUGACGUGAGUUGUUUUUUUAAGUAAAAAGUGCAAAGUUGGGGUUUUUAACUCAUUUAUUACAAUGGCAGAGCUACAAGCUAUGUGACUUUCAAAGCAUAUCAUAACUGAAUCACCUGUUUAUCAUUUUAAAGCUAACAGAGUUGAACCUUUUGUAAUCCAGAAUCUUGUAACCAUAGUCUAACUUGUUUAAAAAAGGAAAAAGGAAAAAAAAAAAGACAGCAAGUAGGACUCUUUUGUAACCAUCUUCUGGUAAGAGGAGUAGUGUUAAAUCGAGGAAUUGCAGUAUCUUGUGUAUUUAGAGGUGUAUAUAUAUAUAAAAUGUAUAGCAAACUAAACUUUUCCAACUGUUUUCAUGCUCAAAAUACAGAACUAUAGGGCUGGUAUGAAAUGCUUGUAUUUCUUAUGGAGAGGUAACAAAGUAUAUGUUUCAGAAUAUAGCAUGUGGAAUUCCAAAUAUAAGAGGGAGCAUCUAUCCAGGAUUCACAGAAAAUAAUAUUUUUCUAAUAAAAUAUGUGCUUAAGCUCUGUUUUAAAACCCACUUGAUUAUUUAAUAAAGGCUACUUGGGAGAAGAAGACAAAUGGUCAUCUUCUGUAUCUCUUAACUGCUAAAAUACUUGGAAAUAAAAUGGACAUUUAUGAAGAUAGGAUCUGAAGGAUCUGAUCUCCUGAAGAAAAUAAAAAGUCAUUUGGUUACUUUGGAGUUCAUUCAGCAAGUCUACAUUUAAUGAAUCUUUGUUUAAUCUUGAUAACAUCAAGGUUUAUGAUAACUUCAAGUUGGUGGAAGAGUAGGACAAGCUACAUUACAACAGUUUCUCCUUUCUGCUAUGCGGUGUUACUCUGUGGUUGCUCCACAGCAGACUCUCUGAUGUCCUGAAAACACUGAUAUUCCACUCUUCCCUUGAGCCAGUUUUGUGCUAUGUUGCAAGCUUGUUUGUAGUGUUUUUAAUGGAUAUCCUGGUUUUGGGUUGCUUUUGAGUUCUGACCUGUUCACUUUGUAUGGAAGUAACGAGUCAUCUGACUGGGUUUGGGUCUUCACUGUUUUUAACCACUUUCCAUCUUGUAACUUUGUGUGUACUGACUUCUAUUUGCCUUACAUUGGGUGGAAGUUUUCUGUUUGUAUGUCCUCUUUACUAUUCAUCCCUAUUUCCAACAUGACCUUCUGUCCAAACCUCACCAACAGUGCUGAAGAUGAGCAAUGUGUAUUGUGACGAUUGAUGAAAUUAAAUUCUCAGUGUUCUAGUUCUCA